UUCACGGAAAGUAAAUGAUAAAAUACUUCAUACACUGAAUGUUUUGAAAACAUGCCACAGUUGUACUGCGAGUCCCGGACCCAUGGUUUGUUUACUUCCAGUGCAUAUCAAGCAACGUUCGGUGUGGCAAGGACAUGAAAAAAGAUUUAAUCUAGCGUAAUUGAUAAUUGUAUGUCAUUUUCUAACGCUUUGUAAGCGUUGCUUCAUUAUGGCACAGUUGAUUUGAGAUGCUACUCGUUCUUUCACUUCAUAAAGCUGGGAUCAGCGACGAGGUGGAGCUCUCAAACCGACAGCAGUGACUCACAAAGAAAGCGGCACCCGGUUUGUAAUAGUAGAGUGAACGGGUGACAAAUUAGGAUAAUAUUAUGUUAUUACUACACUUUAUUACAUAUUUAGUUCCUAAAUAAGCACAACAAGGUCCAGGUCGCACUAUUCGCAAAUGCCGAAAUUUACAGAAAAGAGUUCAAUGUUUAGAUUGAUAAUCAGACAAACUCGACCUGCAGUGCGUUUCUAUAGUUCAGGUGAGCACUGUAAACACCCCUGGCAAAGGUUCGGUCACUUGCAACAAACCCCUUCCCCAUAGGCCUCCACGUGCAAUAACUCGCACAUACAACACGCUCCUGCGGAACCCUGCUCUCUGGUUCCACACCUGCAUGUCACGUGACUGCCCAAAAAUGCCCACCUUUUAGGUAAUUGAAACAAGAAACGUCAACAAAUUUUCUGCUUUUCCGAGCACGAUUAGAGUCCAACAGUCUGAUUUGAGCUCGCAGACAGCUGCAUAAUUUCGUAGAUUCACCGGAACGCAUUCUUAAACAUCGUUGUUAUUGAAGUCACAAUUAUCCGUUUGCUAGCUGAUUGUCCCCAUUUCAUCAAAAGCUUGACUCAUUCUAUAUUUGAUUUUCCGUGCGAAUUUCUCCAUAGAUUUAAUUUCUUUUUCACCAUGGUCAAUUGAAAUUGUUUCUUUUGGUUUACGUUGUACCUUGCGCCGGUAAAGCACCCAAACUGGCUGUGUCAACAAACCAUCAGACACUGAUCCCCCGUGGGAAGGCGGCUGACGGCAGGGGCCAAUUAAGGCAGUAGCCCCCCGUCCACAAACAGUCUGGGCUCUCAUCCCGCGAGGCGCUGCCUGGCACGGGGCAUCGAUCCCCGGGCCAGAUCGAUAGACUCGGGGAAAACACAGCGGAUCAGUUACACUCCAAUAGCUAUCCCGUGUUUCUACAGUAUAUUUAAAAACAAUGGUCGACCCCCGGCCAGCCCCAUCCAUCAUCACACCCUCGUUAUUAAUAGUCGACACGCUUACAUUACCCCCAUCAUUAAUUAAAAUAUGAUUAUGCAAUUGGAAACUCUUUUAAAUUUAACGACAAGAGACCCAGGGCCUCUAAUAUUCCCAUCACAAUACAGUGCAAGACUGCGACAAAUAUUUGCGGUCACCGAUUUACAGUUUCUCAAUUACGGGAAAAAGCCACGUAUGAUUGACAAGAGAGUGCGAGUUAAAAAGUAUAAAGCCCAGACAACGGAGACAGCACUGGUUGCGUCAAUAAGCAAUUAACGUACGUUGUCGAUUUUUUUUCAGAUUUCACAAAGGAAUGUGCAAUGAUAAAGUUUUACUUCGAGUCAUGGUGAUCUUACCACGUGUUUGCGUGUGUGACACUUUUACAUCCUGCUUUUUUAAAAGCACCCUCAAAUCAGUGGUUCGCAGACGACAGUCGCAGGGUCCUCCUUUAUCCAGUCACUAUAAGCACCUCAGCGGCUUGGGGUACAAGUCUGACUGAGUGUCGAGAUCUUGACAAUCAGCGGUUAAAGAAUUUUGCGGGUUUCCUGUACUAAUCAUUGAAGAUUCCACUUCUCACACCCACACGUCGCAGAAAAACGCAUAUAGCUGGAUGUCCUUCGUCUGUCAAAACAAUUGGCAUAACUCAUGGAUUGUUCUACAGGGACCAAGGGACAGCGUCAUGCACUUAAGGUUGUUUGCACUGUUGGUGCUCUCGCUGCUAGUUAGCACGAUCGACGCGAAUCCACUGUUGUCACAAAGUCAUGUUGACAAGGAAUUGGAUGAUCCAACAGAAACUCGAAUGAAACACGAACGACAAUACAGACUCUUCAGUAGUUGCAGUAACAAACUAGUACAGAUUCAAGGCAGAGGAAAAGGGAGCAACAUAGACGCAUUAGGAGCUGAGGACAGUAUAUAUGCUGACUUAGUAGUCGAGACGCAUACAUUCGCCGGACGGCUUAAAAUUAAGAGCAAAAUGACCGGCUACACCCUUUGUUUCAACCGGCGGGGCAGGUUGAUAAUCAAGUCAAAUGAUGACGGCGACAGAUGCGUUUUCACCGAGAUCCUGACGCCAGAUGGGUUUUCAGAAUUUCAGUCGGUGGCCAACAAAAAAUGGUAUCUGGGAUUCAAUAAAAGAGGGAAGGUAAUGAAAGGCUACAAGGCUGGAUCGAAAAAAAGAAAGUGCGCCAAAUUUACAAAAGACGUGGACUAUACUGUAGCCCUAAGGAAAACGGACAAGACAUUUAAUACAUGGAGCCCUAACAUGGAUGGUCCUAUCGCAGAGUUAGAAAAGAGACCAAGACUCAGACACCAAAAGUCUAAAAAUGCGAAAGCGAACACACCAAGGAGUCCGCUCUUGUGGCACUUGAUCCGCCCCGAGAACACGUGACCUUCCCGUCCAUGCAAUGCCCCCCAGGUGCUUGUCUUCAUCCCCGGCAUUGAGAGCGGCCGGCCCUUGCUGGUGCGGGCCCCGGGUCAGUGUGCAAUCAAAGCAGUAGCAGCAAUGGCAGCGCCUUCAUGGCACCUAUUAUGGUACCCUCUUUUGACGGGGGAACCUUGCUUGCCCGCUAUCUGCAAACAGUUGGUGUCAAAUCGUCUUACCUUGGUGUCCGCCGGUGCAUCACCACCACCACCACGUACGUCGCCAUGACAACAUCGUCAGUUACUAAGACAGCGCGCGGGUUGGUUGACUGCCCCGUGGUCACCAACGACGCUGUGGUCAGUCCAAUGGAUUAACGUGCUUCCUCGUCGCCUAGUCGUUCCUGGCUUUCAGAGGGCUUUAACGGCCAGUGGCAUGAGAACUAGAGAGAAUAUGGCGUAAAGACGAAUGCAGAAUUCGUCGACCUGUUGGUCUUCUGAGAGAUCUGUUCAAAGAGACUCAGGUCCUUCAACUACACACGCUUAGACAGACUCCUUAAAGAACUACAUAAGUGUUCCGUUGGAGAUAUUGUGAUAUUUGUCAGACAACACAUUUGUGUUCCGUGCAUUCAUUUCCAUUAUUCGCUGUUGCAUUUAUUUAUUUAAACCCCAAAGACAAAUCUCUAACUCUGUGAAGAGUAAUCAUUUGUGUACGAGAGAAUGUAGUGGUCGUUAUCCUUAGAGGAGUAUUAGGUGCUUUCAGUGUUUCCAUGGCAGCAAGCAAGUCUGCUCUCUGCAAACUAGAGAAUGAAUAUUAAUAUCAAUGUUAUCAGUGUCAUGUUAAUUUUAAGUUUUAAGAUAUAUAAGAUAAGUCGUUGUCAGAUGGAGGAGAAAGGGAACAAAACUAAGAGAAAGGAGGCGAAAAUUGUGAGCACACAAAGACAUUUAGUUUGCCAAUGCCCGGAGGAAUCACCCGGGUCAAAUUAUCUCUGUGAAAAACCACAAUUUACCGUCACAGUGGCCCACUCUACAAAUCCCAAAUCUCAGUCCCUACAGCCUUAUCAAGUCGGGGUUGCUCGGGUCACCCCUUGUCUUACCCCCACCGCACACCAAAUCAGACCAAAACUCUUGUACUGUGAUAACCUAACCUCCUACCUGCGUUGUCAGCCUCCGAUCUAUGACGUGCAAUAUUGAUAUACCUUUGGCUUCAAAAUAUCUCUCAGCCCUCUCUCACCCCCAGCAAACUGUCGGUCAACCUGUUCAGUGGCACGGUCUGACUACUUCAAAACAAUUAACAUUGAGAACUUUAUCGCUAAAGACCUCUUCAUGAAAUAGCAUCUCUCAUUGUAGAACCUCACGACGUAUGUAUCAUUUAAUCAAUGCAAAGGGAAAGCUACCCACUUUCACCCCCAGAGAUUGUGCAAAGUACCGAUAUCAGUAUGUACCAAGUGCUCGCAAUUUUCAGUCACUUUUUAGACAAAGAAUUCACUGCCAGCUUGUUAUAAGUGAGCUUAGUUCAGCACACUUUGAUGAGAUUGACUGAAUGAAGUAUUAGUAGAAUAUUACAUGUGCGGCAACAAACAAGACAGGGUUUUAGACAGUACAUGUACGUGUAGGCCAGACUCCCUUUGUUCCAACCGACGGAACUGCACAAAUACGCAUGUGCAGUGACAUGUAAUGUGUAUUUUUUCAACUCCACAUUUCGCAAGAAAAAAUGUUGAUGGAAAUAACUUUUUUUAUUAAUAAUACAAACUCGUCAUUAGCUUCUAUUUAUUUCGAUCUCAUUUAUUGUACUUGUAUAUACGGUUGUAAAUACUGUUCAUUAAACCAAAGAAUAUAUUUAUUUAAUAAAACAGUCAAAGUACUAUGAAACUCUA